UUUCUUUCUUUCUUUCUUUCUUUCUUUUUUUAAACCAAGACGGAUUAUUUCGGAAUUGGGAUUUUCUUUAAAACUCCACUGAGGAGCAUCAGGAAGGUGUUUCCGACAAAGUGGAAGAAGAUAUCUCAACCUGGCCUGGCGAGGCGCAGGAUGGGCCGUCUCCUGGAAGUGAGCUGCAUGCUCCUGCUUGCCCUGACUACGUUUGUGUCUUCAGCCUCUCUCGUUCCCGAGGACUACGCAGCCGACGAGGCCGAACACAACACCAAUGAUGUACUGUUCGAUGACUACCGUGGCAAAGGUUGUGUGGAUGACAGCGGCUUUGUCUACAAGCUCGGCGAGCGCUUCUUUCCUGGCCACUCGAACUGCCCAUGUGUGUGCACCGAGGAUGGACCCGUGUGUGACCAGCCCGAGUGCCCCAAAAUCCACCCUAAAUGCACCAAGGUGGAGCACAAUGGCUGCUGCCCCGAAUGCAAGGAGCUCAAGAACUUUUGCGAAUACAGAGCCAAGACGUACAAAAUACUGGAGGAGUUCAAGCCGUCUCCGUGCGAGUGGUGUCGUUGUGAACCGAACAGCGAAGUGCACUGUGUGGUGGCUGACUGCGCCGUUCCCGAAUGUGUUAACCCGGUGUACGAACCAGAACAGUGCUGCCCUAUAUGUAAAAACGGUCCGAACUGCUACGCCGGAACGACGAUCAUCCCGGCCGGUAUUGAAGUGAAGGUGGACGACUGCACCAUCUGCCGCUGCCACAGUGGGGACUGGUGGAAACCGGCACAGUGUCUGAGGCGCGAGUGUCUCAACGGCCAGACUUCUUAAAAACUCUCCUGAGUACAAAGCCAGGGAUAGAAACAUGAUUGACAGCAGCACCCAGACACGGGCACCGCCCACCUGGAGGACACGGAGGGAGGAAGUGAGCGGCACGAGCACAAUCCGGCUGGCUGCAGUGAGGCUGCUGAGAGACACACACACUCACACACACACACACACACACACACACACACACACACACUGAUCACUGAUCCACUUCACACUCGGAGGUGUCGCCUUGCAGACACAUCGAAAGACGCUCUGAUUGUUCGUUUGUUUGUUUUUUUUCUAAUAGCUUCAUUACAGGUUUAUUUCCCACAUAUGCUGCUCUAUAUUUCAUGAUAUUUAUUUCCUCAGAUAGUUUAGUUACUGCAUCCGGACGUGUCGGGUUCGAAACUCAAAGCCAGAUGUACACUGUGCGAUUCUACUGUUAAAAAAACUUCUUGAGAAAAAAAUUGGUGGGAUUUCAGAAAUUCUUUUUGUCAGGAGACCAGAAUAGGAUGAUGUCAGGCUGACGGGCCGUGAACAGAGAGCUGCAGGAGCGAGAUGUUUGUGUAGACCAACCAGGAUGCGAGCUUCGCUCCGAUUCUCCUGAUAAACAGCUGGAAUGAUCGAUUCAGUUUCAUUUGGAUUGUUGCAGAAGUAAACACUCCGGUUUAUUAAAGCUCUAAAUGAACUCCACCUCACACGGUCACAUGACUCGACCUUGGUUCAGACUCAGGAGCCCGUAUUCAUAAAGAUUCUCAAUGUAAAGAAUUUCUCUUCGUGAAUUCUACGAAAAUUCGUAGAAAUUUGGCGUGAAAAUGAAACAGAAGAUCCGAGUCAAGAUUAAAGUUCUUCGUAAAGCAUCUUAACCCUUAAAAGAGCUCAGAAGUGUUAGUCAGAAAGCGUUAGGAGUCGUGAGGAGGACUUUUAAUAGGACGAAGAGUUUCUUUAUCAGAGGAGAAAAUGGCUGAAAGUCGAAGAGGGAGAAGAAAUGUGUCGUAUACGAUAUUUAAUAACGAUAGUGAGUUAAUAAGAUGCUACAGAUUAGAUCGUGUAGGGAUUGUUUUUUGGGACCAAUCAGAUCAGACAUAACGUCUCGGACGCAGAGCAGAAAUGACAUGAUAUAAAUAUAUACAUCAAUUAUACAUAAAGCCACCGUGUCAUUUAGUGAGACUCGAACAUCUCCGAAACAGAGCUGAAAUCCCAGAGCAGCAGAAACGAUAGAAUUUGUCUCUGUGACAUUUCUGCUGUCAGAGAUGUUUACAUUUACAUUUAUUACAUUUAUUACAUACAGAUGUUAGAUCACCUCUAAUAAGAUCGGUCACCAACGUAAUCCCUACACCAUAUAGUCUCAAAUAUCUGAGACAAAGUGAAGGUUUAUAAUACAGCAGAUUUUUAAAAGAGCUCCUAUUUCUAUUUUAUCGGACAACCCGAUCACAGUCUUCAACAGAACGUGUCACCUAGUAACAGGUUAAGCUCCGCCCCCUCACUAACAUAAAUGUUUUGUAUUUUCCUUGUUCAGAGUUUCUCUAAGGUCCUGAUUCACUCUUAAGAUAAGAUUCACAGUUAGACAUGUUUAAGAUAAAUUAGGAGCCCUAUGAGAUCAUCGUUAGAGUCUUUUAUAAAUACGGGCACUGAUUUUGUACCAAAAACCCCUUCAGAAACAUGUCGAUUUCAGGAUGAUGGAAGCGGGAGUCAUUCCCGGGUUUUCAGACUUAAUACAGCGUUCUAUCCAAAAUGACGUACCAGACUGUUAACGUUAAACAGGACUCAGUUCUUUACUUUAACCGUCAACGUAUGAUUUGUCUUUAUGGGUUUUUAUGCAAAUUAAAAUGUACAUUUUUUUUUAAAUAAAAAGUGUGUGAGAAAGUCUGUAAUCCCUUAACACGUCUAAAAGGCCGCCGAAAUCGCACAGUUUAAACCGGGCUUUAGCAUCGCUAUGGUAACUGUCCGACUCGGACGCACCACCGCUUCUUCGCCAAACGCGAUUUCCAGUGUCGCUCUGACGUUCUGCUGUUUGUUAUUCUGUCAGUUUCAUUAUUUCUUUCAUCACAAACCAGCCGAGGCUCGCGUAAAGAGCCGCUAGUGAGGUUUAGUGCUGAACAUCUUGGAGUAAUGUUGAAACACAGGUGAAGAAAUAAAUCAUUAUUGUGGUAGAGAUGCUGCUCUGUAAAAGAGUUCAGUGCUGCAUCUCUUUAAUUACGCACCUUAUGAUUGUAACUG